UUGUCAUUCUCAUUCAAUUGUCAAUCUAAAAAUAAUAAAAUUCUUCCAACACCGCAUUUUAUUAAAUUUCAAGAACAUUUAACUUUUAAGAACAGGAUGUCGGACGUAAAGAUCGUCGCGGCGUCGAUCGUCAGCUUCUUAAAGCAACAACUCGAAGGUUCGGAACUGAGCGCUGACAGCCGCGAGAGCGUCGAAGUCGCCGUACAAUGCAUAGAGACUUCGUUCGAGCUUGGGGCAGCCGAUUCGGCGCGUGCUGUCGACCUGCUGGCGCUCGUGCGUAACACGAACAGCGCCGGCGGCACCGCACCGGGGCCUGUCAGUGCAGCUACCAGCGCUGUAGCUGAGCAGCUUAAGAACGAGGGUAACGAGCUGAUGAAGGCGGAGAAGCACCGCGAGGCGCUGGAACGCUACACGCGCGCCGUGGAGCUAGACCCCCGAAAUGCUGUGUAUUUCUGCAAUCGCGCUGCCGCUCACUUCAAGCUGGGUGAGCACGAGGCGGCAGUUGCCGACUGCACCGCGGCACUCGCACUGCAACCUGACUACAGCAAAGCGCACGGCCGUCUCGGACUUGCGUUGACCGCACUCGAGCGACAUCGCGAAGCGCGUCAGGCAUACGCGCGCGCUGCGCAACUUGAGCCAGACAACGAGUCGUACCGCCAAAACUUGCGUCUCGCUGACGAUCGGCUCGCUGCGCGUGGCGAGCGUGGGCCUGUGGACCUAGGAGGGCUACUACAAAACCCUGCUUUGCUCAAUAUGGCCACAGAAAUGCUGGCGGAUCCCAACAUGCAGAAUCUUAUCUCUGGACUUAUGAGUGGCACACAAGCGCAAGGAGGAGGAACAGGUGCUGCGGGUGCUGGUGGCAUGAGCGCAUUAUUGGAGGCAGGGCAGGCACUGGCUCAGCACAUGCAGGCGGCCAACCCCGAGCUGGUGGAGCAGCUGAGGCGCCAGGUGCGCCCUCCUGGGCCCACACCACCACAGUGAGCAACAUUACAAGCCUACACUUUGGGACUCUGAGCCAACCUGUGUUUUGUCUCUCAUGGACGGAAUGUUGCUAGCUAUAUAAUCAUUCUACUCUCCAUUCCAAAUAAAUCUACAUAAAAGGAAAUUCUCUUGGCAGCACUGCCUUUUUUAAAUUGAUAAUUAUGAUAAAUUAUAAUUCAGUGUAAAUACAUGAAUAGUAAAUAUGCCAUUUUUCAAAUUAGCAGAUUUAUUUUACAUAGAUUAAAGUCAUUGCACAUACAUGCUAUAAUUUUAAUCUUAUAAAUGAAUGCCUAGGAAAGGUUAAAAUUUUAUGGAGUAGUUUUCUUAAUUUUUGGCAAAUGUACUUUUACCAUUGACUGAAUAUUAAAGGAUCAACAACCAUUUGUAUAGAUUUAUUGGAACAAAUCAAUCAUUAUUCAUCCACUCAGUAUCCUGUUUGGUUAUAGAAUUAAGUUAUUCUUACAGUUAGUUUUCUUUAUGGGAUGUAGAUUUUCAUUUAAUUGAAUUAUUUAUUUGGUUAACCUACUUGAUAUAUGCAUUUAUUUAUAAACAAAUUACGGAUGUUAUUCACAAUAUGUCUGAAAUUUAGAUACUGUUCGGUUAUUUGCAAGUCGUGGAGAUAUUGGUACUUGAUUAUAAGUUUCAAGUUAGUCAUUUUAUGAUAUUGUCAUAUUUAAAAUAAAUUGCUCCAAUGACAACUUAGCACAAUGGCAAUGAAUAUUUUGUCUUGAAGCUUAUAUAUGUCACCAUAAAAUUGUAAACACUUGUCAGAUUAUAAUCUAGCUUGUUAAAUAAUCAACUGACGGCAGCGGCAGUUAGAUUACAAACUAACCUAAGCUACGUUAGAUUAUAAACUAACGGGUGCACAAUCUUAUGCGGGUGACAUAAUAUACUACAUAGUUAACUAAUUCCAAAUAGUCCUAAGGGUUCCAGCCGGCCUAGCCAAGGUUACAAUCGCUAUCGCUUCGACAACGAAAAGCAUUAUGUCUCUCUAUCACUCUUCCAUAUUAGUGUGACAGUGACAGUUGCGUUUCGAUCGCUACGGAGCGUAAGCGAUUGGCAUCUUGGCUACGCGGCCAGAUAUCCUUACAUCAGUAACUGUCAAAUUUGCAUUUUGUUUGUUACAUUAUACUUAAUUACUUUCCUAAAUAUGAUUCACAUCACUAUUGCAUGGUGCUAUUUGUACUGUUGAAAACAUGUCAUCAUCAACAUCAUCAUAUUAGUAAUAGACACAUCUUUUAUGCAUUCAACUACAUUAUUAGUGAUAAGAUUUCAAAAUGUAUGCUGUGCAGCCCUGCCUGUAUGAUGCUGGCAAAUGUGUAAAUAAAAUACAGAUAUGUAUUGUAUUAAAUGUGGACAAAGAUAUGUAUAGUCUGUGUAAUUCUGUGCAAAAAAUACUGCAGUUUCAUUUGUUACAGUAAGAACCUAUUUCGUUCGUAGUGUCGUUGCAUGUGAUGAUUCUGUAAUAAAAGGACUUUCAUGCACCUCACGCUAAGGUAAAUUUUCCUAAAGAAUCGGACAUUAUAAAGCGAUAUUGCUUUAAUUCCGGUCAUCAUCUUGUUUGCAUAAAUAUUUUGGACGCCGACUAUACAUAUGCACAAUGUUACAGCGCCGCGGGCGCCUCCACGCGACUAUUUCUAGCUAAGAUAUGAAAUUGGUUUUGUUAAUAAAUUUAUUUGAAAAA